CUCAACAGUUCUACUGACUACCGAGAGAUUCGACGAUAAAAAGAGGAGUUAGUGGUUUUUAGUUUUUACACAUAGAAUCGAAUCGGUCAUUUCAAUAGCCAUGUCGAACGCCGAUCAAGUCUUCAGUGGAGGAGCGUCGAGCAGCUACUCCGUUGUUGGAGAAGAAACGGCCAGUGAAGCGGGUGAUGAUGAGGUUACAGUAACAGAGGAGGAGGAGGUAGUACGAUCAGGAACGCUGUUGGAACUGGAUCUUCUCGAUUGUCCCGUUUGCUGCCACGCACUCACAAGCCCUAUUUUUCAGUGUGACAAUGGACACAUAGCUUGCUCUUCUUGCUGUACUAACCUGAGGAACAGAUGCCCUUCUUGCGCUUUGCCCAUUGGUGUCUAUCGAAACAGAAUGAUGGAGAGACUUGUGGAAGCAAUCAUUGUCCAAUGCCCUAACGCAAAACACGGCUGCACCGACAAGUUCUCUUAUGGCAAAGAGUUAAUCCAUGAGAAGGAAUGCAGUUUUGCUCUAUGCUACUGUCCUGCACCAGGCUGCAACUUCUCCGACCUGUGCAACGAUCUCUACCUUCACUACUAUGAUAGACACCGUGGCUCAGGGGAAUAUUUCAGGUGUGGCUAUGAUGGGCAGGCAUGGAUGCACAUCAGUGAUAAGAUUUUAGUGCUUCAGGAAGGUAGAGAUGGUCCAUUGGUUGCGAUUCAAUGUUUUGAGGAGGAACAAGGAGUGUAUGUGACUGUGAAUUGUAUAACACCUUGUGCUCCUGGUGUGUCAGAAUUCUCCUUUCAACUCACUUACUCGGCGUACGGAGCUCCUGAUAGAACCAUGUCGUUUGGAUUGAGUGAGAUGAAUAGGAUUCAGAAAGUGAGCUUCCAAACUCCUGAGAAGGACUUCAUGUUUGUUCCUCGCUAUUUCUUGAAUGGGCAGACUAAUUUGAAGAUGAAUAUUUGCAUCCGCCGACGAGGAGAAGAACAAUAAAUGGAAACAUGAUGUUAUUGACAAAGUUCUCAGAUCAACUAGCUAGAGGAAGGACUAAAGUUUUUAUCAAAGUUGUAUCUGAUUAUGGUAAAUGUUUUCAUUUUCAUAGGAGAAGAUAAAAAGGAGGAAACGAGGAAGGUGCAUAUGCUUGUAUGAAGUUUAAUAUGCUUAUGGAUUUUGUAAAACAUUUCAAGUUAUGUUAAAUAUGAAUUUUAGUAUGUUAAACGAACUAAAUAUUUGUUUCACUGUUGGACUUGUUCGAAAUUUAGCUAUUAAGG